AUGUCAGGUUCCAAUCCGCGAUCUACCAACGCAUGCGAAACAUGUCGAAGACGCAAAGUAAAAUGUUCCGGUGAUAAGCCUUGUCGUGCUUGUAUCAAACACAAUUGGGAAUGCACUUUUGGCCAUUCUGGUCGCAGACGGUUUUCUGAAGCCCAAGUGAAACAUCUCUUGGAAAAAGUUCGAACCUAUGAAGAGCAGCUCAGCUCUCAGUCUGUAGGAGGUCCAGUCUCUUCAUUGCCUUCUCCAGUAGCACCAGAUGAGACCACUGGCCGUCAGUCUGCGCAACGGAGUUCUUCAAGACCUGGGGAUAUAGAGCCCCAUAACCAGAGGCAAGAUGAGAUAUUAUAUACCGAUAAUGAUCCUGCUAUAAGUCCGGGUAAUUUGGCAUCGCUUUCCUCCUCCUGGUCUGCUCUCGAAUAUGAACUGACUCUACGUGAAGCAACGGACCUGACCUCCGGACCUGCAUUCGAAUCUCAAGUCAGAUCGCUUCUUGACAGGUCACAUUCGAGUGACCGCAGCUUUCAUGGAUCUACUUCAAACUUUCAAUAUCGCGCUGACCGAUUACCCCAGUGGACAUCGGUCAAAGAGCUCGUUGACAAUGUUGCCGGAGUAUCUUUCCCGUCCUUGGAGGAAUCGCAGCACUUGCUUGAUCAAUUUCUUUUUUAUCUUGGCGUGAGCCAGCACUUCUUUGACCCAAGAUCUUUCUCAGACAAUCUUACAUUACUAUUCCAAAGUCCAGAGACAAGGCAACAACAGAUAAGCUCUCCUUGGUUCACAGAAUAUCUUUUGGUCAUGGCCAUGGCAAAGCUCAUGGAUGUAAAGCAUCCGACAUCACAGACGCCUGGAACGGACUUGUUUGCUGAAGCCUUGAAGCGUCUUCCUCCAUUGCAUCAUAUGGGUGGGGAAGGUGUUAUUGCCGUUGAGAUACUUACUCUGAUUGCUACAUAUCUGCAGUGGUGUGACCGAAAGCAUGAUGCAUAUCUCUAUAUUGGACUCGCACUGCGGCUUGCUAUUGCUCUUGGGUGCAAUCUACGGGAAAUCGACCAACGCUGCCUCCCUUCCCAGAGCGCCCACAGAUUAAGACUAUGGUGGACAGUGUACAUGCUCGAUAGGCGCCUGUCUUCGGGUCUUGGCCUGGCUGCAGGGGCUGAUGAACGACAGCUACGUACUGAACUCCCCGGGAACGCGAUGGGGUUCCAAUCACCAGUUGCCCUUAGUAUCAAUGUUCGUAUUGCGCGCGUCACUGACGAUAUAAUGUCAACUCUUUACGGCAAUAAGUCAAUCACCCAACUGGAACUGGUCCAAAAGAUCCAGCAAAUUCUUCAAGAACUGCAUGACACAGGCCGGUCAUUUCCUAAGUCUUUGAUGUUGGACUUCAAUCGACCUCUGCAAUUGGCUAUCAUCCUGUGUACACGGCCAAUAUUACUUCAAAGAGCUCGGUUUGAAGCUCAGAGCCAACAACAGUCGCAGUCACCUGAUCCAGCACCGAGCAUGCUGCUGCGUCUGUGUGAUACAUGUGACGAGGCAGCCACCAGAAGUCUCGCAAUACUUGAAUCACUUCGUCGCCAGCAAACAAUUCCCCGUUAUGGCUUUUUCGAUCUGGAUGCAACAUUCUCCGCUGCAUUUGUUCUGGUCAUGGUAGGCUUCUUGGACAAAUCACAGAGCCAGCCACCGCCAGCACUUGAACAGGCAUACAGGGUGCUCCAGUUCCUAUCACAGUCUGGCAAUCUGGCUGCGGAGAGGCGCCUGCAGGAUAUUGCACAAUCUUACUCGCACGUUUGGCCGAACCACGCUUUCAAUGCAAAUGUCUCACACAGUGAUGCAGGCCCACACAAAAAGACCCAGACGUUUGCAGCAAGUCCAGGCUCGAGACAAGAUGGAUUGAUGAACUGCUCGGGCUCACCACCAUAUAUGGCUGUGGCCUCAGGUGGUCGGAGUGAUCAUCAAGAUGAGAUCAGGUUACUUGAGCCAUGGUCUAAUAUGGAUGUUCCAGACGCGAUGUUUGAUAUGCAAGGAGACUGGAAUCUAGAUUUGUCCGGGGAAGCAGAGGGGAUUUAUUCCAGUUUCCACAAUCCGACAUUACCACUCACCGGGGUUGACUAUAUCGACUGGUUGGAGAUCGAGAAAGUAUUUAAUGGUCCAGACUCUUCCGCGACACAACAUCGCGCACCUUGA